GAGCCGGGAGGCGGCAGCAGCAGGAGGAGGAAGAAGAAGAAGAAGAAGAAGAGGAGAAGAAGCAGCAGCCGCGGGAGCAGGAGCAACGACCGGCCGCCGCGGCCAAGUUUAUCGGGCGGGCGCCGUCGCGGGCGACUGUGUGAAUCAGGCCGCCGCGGGGCCAUGGAUCCGCUGUCGGACCUACAGGACGAGCUGACGUUUGAAGAUCCCAGUCAGGCCCUGAACCAGCUGAAGCUGGCCUCCAUCGACGAGAAGGACUGGCCCUCGGACGAGCUGCCCGACUUCUCCAAGUCAGAUGACUCGAAGAGCAGCUCCCCGGACCCUGUCACUCACCUGAAAUGGGACGACCCCUAUUACGACAUUGCCCGGCACCAGAUCGUGGAAGUGGCAGGGGACGACAAGUAUGGACGGAAGAUCAUUGUGUUCAGCGCCUGUCGAAUGCCUCCCAACCACCAGUUGGAUCACGUCAAACUCUUGGGGUACCUGAAGCACACCCUGGACCAGUACGUGGAAAGCGACUACACCCUCCUCUACCUGCACCACGGCCUGACCAGCGAGAACAAGCCCUCGCUCAGCUGGCUCCGUGAUGCCUACCGGGAGUUUGACCGCAAAUACAAGAAGAAUAUCAAGGCCCUGUACAUCGUGCACCCCACCAUGUUCAUCAAAACUCUGCUCAUCCUCUUCAAGCCCCUCAUUAGCUUCAAGUUUGGGCAGAAGAUCUUCUACGUGAACUAUCUGAGCGAACUGAGCGAGCACGUGAAGCUGGAGCAACUGGGCAUCCCUCGUCAAGUGCUCAAGUACGAUGACUUCCUCAAAUCGACACAGAAGGUCCCGUCGACAGCCCCCAAGCCCACCCCUCCGCGGCCCCCCUUGCCCAACCAGCAGUUCGGCAUGUCGCUGCAGCACCUCCAGGAGAAGAGCGCUGAUCCCGAGCACAUCCCGGUGGUCCUCAGAGAGACCAUUGCCUAUCUGAGGGCACACGCUCUCGCCACCGAGGGGAUUUUCCGGAGGUCGGCGAACAUCCAGGUGGUGCGCGAGGUGCAGCAGAAAUACAACAUGGGGCUGGCGGUGGACUUCGAACAGUACGAGGCCAUGCACCUGGCCGCCGUCAUCCUCAAGGCCUUCCUGCGGGAACUGCCCGAACCCCUGCUCACGUUCAACUUCUACCCCUUUGUCGCGGGCUUCCUCAACAUAGAGGAGAGCCAGCGAGUGGAGGUGACCCGCCAGGCCCUGCAGACGCUGCCCAAGGAGAACUACCGGGUGCUGCACUUUCUCGUUGUCUUUCUGGCCCAGGUGUCCUCCCACAGCGACCAGAACAAGAUGACCAACACUAACCUGGCGAUAGUCUUCGGCCCCAACCUGCUGUGGGCCAAGGACGUGGCGCUGACCCUCCAGGCCAUCAACCCCAUCAACAGCUUUACCAAGUUCCUGCUGGAUCACCAGGAGGAGCUGUUCCCCGCGAGGGAGGGACCCUGAGCGGUCGCCUCUCCUUCCCCUUCCCCUCGUGCCUCUGGGCUCGCCCGCCCCCGCCCUCUGCCCGUCCCGACCCGCCGACCCUGCUCCCCGCUCUCCGGGGGCCCGGCCCGGUGCUCUCGGCGGCCGCCAAGGUGGGUAGCUCAGCGGAAGGGAGGUGCUUGGGGAGCCCGGGGAAGGAGCGUCUCCUCCCGCCCGUCCGCGGCGACCCGCUCGGCCGAGGCCUGGGGCUCCACGGCUGGUCCCUCGGGGGCCGUUCCUCGUGCUGACGUUCCUUCUCUCACCGGCUGUGAUUACAUAGCACCCCUGCUCCUGAGCAGGGGCCUCCCCAGUACCUCUCCGGGGGCCGGGGACCCGGUCUCGGAAGCGGGAGGGAUGGCGCCUGGUGGAAGAGUUGCCCCGAAAACCGACCCUCUUCUUCCUCCUGGCCAGGGAUCCCUUCCCCGUCCCGCCCCCGCUUCCGUCCCCCGCCAUUUCCUUGGUAACUGUGGAUGACGCCACUGCCGCCCGACGGGCCCGAGGCCGCGGGUCGGUUGUGUCAUCCCCUCCUGCUAGGGAAAUGAUGAUCUCCGGGGAUUGGUUCCCGUGUGGGUGGGACGGGGCAGGGGCUUUGCAACGGAGGCUGUUCUCCCUGGAAGUUCCACCCCAUUCUUCCCGUCCGAGAAGCCCCCGAUCGGCAGGUGGGGAACGUCUGGACGGCUCUGUCCUCCCCACCCCCACGGUCCGGUCGGUCCCGCUCGGGUCCGCCUCGCUCCGGGGGCGGCUCGUGAGGCGAGUUCACCUGUGGGACCAGCGGAGGGUUUAAGCCUUCUCGAUCCUCGGGCGGAGGGGCAGCCCGGCAUUCCCUCCCCGAGGCAGGUGGUCCAAGGGAUCCCGCUGGGGCCGUCUGUCUCUCCUCUCUCUCUGUCCUGUCUCUCUGUCUCUCACCUGUGCUCCCAGCCUCUGCGGCCACGGGUCGUCUUUAUCCUUCCCCGGUUUUCUCCUCCCGCCCUCCUCCAUCCUCUUCGGGACCGCGGUCCGGGCAGUGAAUAGUUAUUCGAGCCUCCCGGUUUUUGGCCUCUCCUCCCCUGCUCAGGAUCCCCCUGCCCGAGGGGAGUGAGGAGGGAUGCGGAUGUGUGUGAGGCGUGAGGAGGGGCCCGAGUUCCAGGCGGGACCUGGGUGGAGCCUCCGUGACUCUGGUGGGUCGGAUCUGCCCGCGGGGUGGUCCGGGAGGAGAUCCCUUCUUGCCAAACCUGCCCUUGGGCCCUAGGAGGCCCGAGAGCCUCCCCUGAGCGGGGGCCUCCCUUCCCGCCGGGAGGCUCCCACGGCCACCGCUCUGCUCUCCGGCUGGUCUCCGUGGCCCCCGUGGGGAGUGCGGACGUUGCGGAGGGGCCCCCGUUCUCCCUCGUCCCCCGACUGCCUUUCGCGGAAUUCCUCCCUCCUCGGUCCCCCUUCCGGUUCCAUCCCCUCCGGGACACUGACGGGAAAUCGCCCGCCCCACGCCACCCGUCACCCUGCCCGAGACAGGGCGGGAGUUGCCGGGCGCCGUGGCCUUGCACCCCUUUCUCUCGUCGUGGCCUUCUCUGACCCCCCGUGGAGUGGUUUCCGUGACCUCCGCACCCCUGCUCGGCUCUGCCGCCUCGGGGGAUGGAUCCGGGGCGGGCCUGGACCCCACCUAUCUCUCCGGGGGGGACGCGGGCCCCCGCGUUCCGAGUCGUGGGCUUUCCGGGAGCCGCUGCCCGUCGGCCUCUAGCCGCGCCACCGGACCCUUUUUCCGUCUCUCCCCGUUUGUAUACCGAUUAUUGCUUACGGCCCCUGUUUGUGGGGAAGCUUUUUGGAUUUGGUCUCCUCCCACCCUUCCCUUGCCGUCUCUCCAGGGCGCGGGUGGCCGGGCGGGCCAUCCCGAGGACGCCUCCGAGGCCCCAGCGUUGGGGGCUGCCUCCCUCCUUCCCUCCUCCCUCCCUCCUUCCCUCCCUCCCUCCUUCCUGCUGGCCCGCACCGCUGAGGGUCUUGUACUGUGAAAAAAGUUCACACUCAUGUUUAUCGACUCGUACUCGGCACCGGUUGUGUAUCUCACCAUUGGCACUUUUUGUAUCUCAAUAAAAACGGAAGUGGGAAAACCCCA